CGAGCGGGUGCAUUCCACUUUUUUUCUUGAACAGUUAUGAGGUGGACUCUUUUCCGCUCCGUGGGUCAUCAGAUCAACGAGUCUGAUGAGAAGAUCUCGUCUGCGCUUGGUGUCUGCCGAGGAUCGCAUCGCAUUGAUUACACCAAGGAGGACGGCACAUCGGCGCAGGAGGUGCCCGUGGAGAAGCAGUGGGAGGCCGACCGGCCUGCCCUGCAGAACCUGGGCAUCUUCUCCGGGAUGGCUCUGGCCAUGUACAACUUCCCCGAGGGCAUCGCCACCUUCACUGCUGCCCUCGCAGACCCCAUAAUCGGGCUCGGUAUGUGCCGAUCCGAUAAAGGAAAGCCGUUGCCGUAUACAACAACCCACUGGUCUCGUGUGUGCGGGCGCGCCUGCAGGCGUGGCCGUUGCAAUUGCCAUCCACAACAUCCCUGAGGGCAUUGCCGUGAGUGUCCCGAUCUUCUACGCCACAGGCAGCAAAUGCAAGGCAUUCUGUAAGCAACUUAGGUGUGCACACAGACGACAGUGAGACGGAGGAAUGCAUGCGUGUCUGUGUAUGUGUAUGUGUGUGUGUCCUGCAGGGUGGUCUGUGCUGUGUGGCGCUGCGGAGCCGGUUGGCGGUUUGUUGGCGUGGGUCGUACUCACAAACCUGAUGGUGAGAGACACCCAGCGCAAACACAAUCACAAAGGCCCACACGCACACCCACACGAGUGAAUACGGCCCCCGCUCUCGUUCCCCACUCAGACGCCCAGCGCAUUCGCCAUUCUCUUCUGCCUCGUGGGCGGCAUCAUGAUCCACAUCUGCAUCAAGAAACUCAUCCCGACCGCCCUGCGAUACGACCCACACGUACGCACGCACAGCACACACAUACACAUGCGAAUGCAGCACACACAGUCCCAACGGGGGCGGUGAGACGAGAAGAGACAGACAGGCGAAGUGAGUGAGAAACUAGCCGCACAUGUGGGGGUGUGCUCGUGUGAUUGUGUCAGGACUACCUAUCCUCUGACAUCGUGUUGGUGGGCAUGGCUGUGAUGGCGCUCAGUCUGGUUCUCCUGGCCUUCUAUGGCUGAGGAGAGGGGCACAUCCAGGCCCCCCGCCAUACAGUAUUGUUAUCUUUUUCGAUUCAUGUACGUCCAGAUGGCUGACGCGGGCCGGCGUGGCGCACCCCUUUAUGUGUCCUCCUGCCCGCCCCCGUCACUACGGCUCUAAGACUUUAUCGGUUGCGUGAUGAUGAGGCAUUCAUUAGUGGGCCCGCCCUGGACCUUUCUCCUUCUGACCUUCGUGGGUGCGGGGGAAUGGGGGCCGUAUUCCUUCGUGUGUGUGUUUGUUGUGUUGUGCGUCGCUGCUGCACAUGACUGACGCAACACAGAGAUAGAUGCGACAGGCAGACGCAUCAAGACUACACAAACCGGUGGCCAGGGCAGCGGAACAGGGAGACGGCGAUGAGCGUGUUGCAUGCUGUGGCGGAGGGCAUCAUGUGUAGAAAGCUCAAUGUGUGGUGUGGACUAACCACCUCUCUCCCCCUCUGUCCCUCACCCUUAUUCCUUUUCUCUACGUCUCUCUCUCUCUCUCUGUGUGUGUGUGUGUGCGUGCGUGUACAUGUCUGCGCGAUUGUGUGCGGUGUUGUUGUGUGUUGUGGGUAUGCCCUCCCGUGGCUGUCUGGGUAGGAUGUGCCGCCUGGUGUGACGCGUCUUAAUUUUCUCCUCUCCACCGGCCGCUGUUUCUCUCUUGAGAUACAGAGGCUACUCGACUGACUCGGGCGGGCAAAUCGGCGGGACUCCAUGGACUGCCUUGCCAUCUACACCUGUGUGCGCCUCUGUCUGUGAGCGAUGUGUUGUGCUUCUUUGCUCCGUGUUGUGUUGUGUGUCGUUCAUUGAUGCCUACGUGUGUGCGGCUGUGUGCUUGGCGUGAAUGGCAAGAGUGUCCGGGGAUUUUCAGACGUCCUCUUGACGGACGGAAGCGCCGCGACACCGAGCAUGGUGCCUGCCACUCGUGUGUGCAUGGGUGCUGAUUUCCAUCGCUAGUUAGGCGAGAUAUGACGUGGUGUGUAAUGUGUGUGUGCGUGUAAGUCUGUCUACAUGUAAGUGUAUUUGUAUCGGUGGCUGAUGGCUGACUGUCUUCCAUACCAUAGCUGCUCUGGUGUCCGUAGUCGGUCGGUAUGGGUGUAAGAGAUGUCCGUCGAUUAAGGUGGGUGAUGGAUGGCCCGACAGGGUCUUGGAGGGGGCGAGGUGGCUGGCUGGGGGAUAUAUUUCGAUUUUCCAUCGCCCUGAGACGGCGAGAAGAUGCACAUUUUUCCGAAUAUAUGCGCACAUACCCCCUUGCGAUCACAUGGCGGCGGCAGAAUAUUACAUAUUAUGAGCUGCCUGCCACUCAUUUGACAGUCCUCAUCGUCUCCCUCGUCCGACAUCUCUGCUGGCUGUCUCUCUACCGAUGCACACAUGAAUGGCAUCGUGCAAGCCCACAGCCCAUGACAUGACAUGAAUGAUAUGUACACGCGCGCCGGGCUCUUACUCGGCCUGUCUGUCUGUAUGGCCGCUCGAGUGGCUAGUGAGUGAUGCAUGGGUCGUCGGGCUGGCAUUCAUCUUUAUCUGCGGAUGUGCCAGUGAGCCAGCCACUUUUUUGAAGGCCCGGUUCCUUCAUGUGUUUGGGACCUCGUGUGCCGACACGUCGGCUGAGAUUGGUUUUUUCCCCGGUCGGUGCGGCCAGUGCCUAUUGGCACGAUAUAUAUGAUUCCUGAUAUUGCUGUGCAUGGUGUGGGCUUGUCAGUCAGCAGAUGACAUCACGACUCGGAUGGAUUAUACAUCAAGUCACGUGGAUUGCCGGCCGCAGGUGACACACACGAUCAGGCAGACCCAUCGAAAGCCAUAUGAUAUUCCACCCCGCACACCACCACACGGCUCAUCCAUCGUGCAGUCGCCCGGCGCUUCAGGAUUAAGAGCAAAAGUGGCUCUAAAAAAUCGAGUUUCACCGGCGCAAAAUAAAGCUCUUGUCGUGCUCUCUCUCAUACUUGCACUCACAUUUCUCCACAUGGCCAUCUCCGGCCUGAAGGAUGAGACACCACAUAGGAUCCCCGAUAUGUGAAAGAAGUGAUGAUAGCGAGCGAACCGCAAGUUCAAAUGAAGUGCUUGAUAGCGCCAACACGUACGCUGCUUUAUAUGCAUUCAUACAGAUGGCCCUUAAAAUUCGCUGUCUGUAUGGUCCCAUCAAUCUAUCAUCUAUCAUCUUGAUACGAGGGGGCCUUCUCUCUGUGUCUGUCUGGAUAGAGACGCACGAUAGACAGGGAUUAUUGCCCGUCUAUCGUGAAACAGACAGCGAGGAGCGGGGAGUGGCUGACGGAAAGACUCUCGCUGUGGGGUCUAGUGUGGUGAUGAGUAG